CUACAAUUUCAUUAAACAUACAAGCUAUUGAUACUCGUUUAAAAAACAUGGAAACACAACAUAACCAACAUAAGUCUAAAGCAUCUGCCAUGGAUACAUCAAAUAUACAAAAAUCCUUUCCGUUUAAGAACAUAAAUGAAGUAAUAGCUUUUGAAAACAGUUUAUCAGAAAAUACAGAUGAGUACAACAAAUUUAUGUUGUAUAUAUCUCGCAUAGGCGGAGAGUCCGCAAAGGAAAAUUUAAUACGUAUAUAUCGAACUUUAUUUUCGAAUGAAGUUGCCAAGGUUUCAUCCUGGAAGGGACUACGUAAUCAUUUUAAAAUAAGUAGUUUAAAAUCUAUGUUGACGGGAAUACAAGCAACAACUUUGGCUCAGUACCAAUUCACAAACAAAGAGUUUGAAGACAUCACGAAAGAAUGGUUUCGCCAAGGUGGUCAGAGGCUUAGCAGACAACAAAAAGACUCCGAAGAAGUAAAUCCGCAAGCUAUUUAAAUGUGCUAUUUAAAUUGUUUUCAAAUUUUUCAUCA